GGUUUUGAGGGGGCGUGCUUGUGCGCGUGUGUGGCAGACGGAGGUGUCCCGGUCGCAGCUGUGUGCUCGCCGCCAUGUUCAGGAUGGAAGCGUUAGGACCGAAAAUGGAUCCGGAGGAGUUGCGCAGGAAGAUGAGGGCAGACGUAUGGCGUUCCCUCCGCUACUUCCUCAUUUACGUCGCCAUCCUGCGGGCGACCCCUUUUAUCCUAAAAAAAUUGGAUAGUAUUUGAGCUUCGUUGCGGACGGAUUCCUAGAAGAUGCUGCUGCCACCAUCAUAAAGAUUUUUUAUAUUCGGCUAAUGGACAAAAUUUCAACGCUCAUAUUUUAAAGCUGUUCUAUUUAUACAAGUGGAUUUAUUACAAUUGAUUUUUCAAUGACUUGUUUCAAACAUGGAUUUCUUUUGGUAUUGAUAUAUAUUAGCUAUUCAUUUACAGGGCAAAGUUUAUUUACAAAUCUUUUUUAAAAACUUGCUUGCUUUGUAUAAUUUGUUAUAUUUGUUUUCUGAAUUUCAAUGUGAUUUAUGUUCCAGUUUGUUUAGAGAAGAAUUUUCUCUUGAUUUACUGCAACAAUUGUUUAAUGUUUCAAUAAUGCAUAAUUUGUUUUGAACCUUAGGUUAGUACCUGACUGGGUCCAAUUGAAGCUUGCUUUCUUGCAUGAAAAGAUUUAAAUAGAUUCCCAUACUGGAUGAUCUGUAGUAAAAAAAAUUUACAUUUUCAGUUCGGUUAAAGAUUGUAUGAUCUUGUAUUACUUGAAUUUGGGUAAUAUAUCACUGAAAUUUUUAGGCAUUUAAGAUUUUUUCUAUUUUUGUUAUUGUCUUGUCUAAAGUAUGGACUGACAUUUUAAUCCUUCUCCUCAAACUAUAAAAAGUUAAAUUGUGCAGUGGUUUAGUGUGAAGAACUUUAGAUUUGUGUUGGUCAUAUUUACGUUUCCCUUAUGAAGAAUAUAAAUUGGAUUAUGUUCUGUUUAAACAGUGUUGUUUCAAAGGAAACAACUUAAUAAAGCUCAGCUGGCCUGUUUGAACUGAACCAUGGGUUUAAGUUGACAUUCAACCGUUUUAUUGGUUGAUGACUUAACUGGACAAUCUGGGUCGGGUAUGUAUGGGGACAUUUGACAGGAAGUUUCAACCUGAUGAACAAAUCUUGGAUUUCUUGUGUGGAGUUAUACCAGCCCCAUGCGAAAUUCCUGAUCAUGUGGAGAGCAAGUAAGGUAUUGUUUCAAUAGAAGAGGCACUACAUCCAAUUCUUGCUCCUCUGGCUAAAAGUACUUGCAGGACUAUAAUACGGAUUGCCAGGUUCAAAUCUUGUGUCAGUUUGAAAGUUUGAAUUAUUUUCAUUCAAAAUGUGUACACCUUGGUGCUAGUGAAGUUACCAUGCAGUUCUUAAAUAGAUGCCUCACAGGCUUCCUGGUUAAUGUGCAGUCAUUGACAAGGCUAAAGGAUCAAGCAGAAUAAGUAUUGGACGGAAUUGCUGUCCUGUAUCUUCUGGACUUAAGACUGAAUUUUUUUUUUUUAACUUUGACCGGCCACAAAGUUUACUCAUUGUAAAACUACCAAAAUCUACUUUAAAUAUAACUUGACAAAUAUCUUGGUUCAGCUCAGGGCUAACAACCCUGCCUGGUAAACUAAAAUUGUUAGGGAAACAGCAGUGAAAACUCUGUCUGCAUUUGAUUGUGACGGUCUUCCUGAUUCUCCACACAGACAUGACAGAAGCCAUAAACACCGUGAGAGAUGGAAGACCUUCAUUGCUUCCCUGAACACCAGCAGUGUAGUGGGGGUAGGUAGGUGAUAAAUAUCUUAACUGAUGAUGGGAUGCCAGUCAGGCCAUUGGGUCUAUGAGAUCUUACACUUGCCCAAUCAUAUCAGUUCUGGCUUUACUUUCUCAGUAGUUUUGCAACUUGUUACCAAUCAUAUCCCCUCAUAUUUUUGCCAUUUACUCUGUAAAUUUCAUUAUGGUUAAUAAACUCUGGCUUCCAGUCAGAUACAGGUAUCAAUUUCAAUGACAAAUUGCCAUAUUCAUCGGAGAUGAUGCCUGGGCGUGUCUAGUUCGAUGGUAUUUAUACACCUGUUACCUGUCCCUCUUGAUUGGUUAGUCCACAUCCAAUCAGGCUUCUGCUGUCCCACCUUGUUUGCAAUUAAAUUCCAGUUCUUAGAGUGAGACCUUGGUCUUUGUUAAAGCUCUUUUCCUCUAGUUU